AUGGUCACGACGACGAGGGUCGAAAAGACGCCUCAAACACCAGCUCCGAUGUUCUUCUCCACAGUUUCACGGGAGAUGUCGGGGCUGAGCAACCGGGCUGAGGAAGUGGUUACCGUCGCCUGGACAAAAUGCCUCUCGUGGACUUCCGAAAUGUCCCGAACCCCAGAUGUGGGCACGAAGUGGUUCCGGAAGUGCUGUUCGAGCGCACCAACUAGAGGACAAGAAUCGGAAAGAAUGAUUGAUCGAGAUGCGUGCUUAAUGAUAACACGCGAACGCGAACAAAUGGCUCAUGCAAGCCUGGAAGUUAGUCCGUGGGAGCCUAGCAGGGUAGACGUAGAUGUGCCGUGGCCCCAAUAA